AUGCCAUUUUGUCAAAAAUAUGUCCAGCCACACCAACGUGAUGUCAUAAAUCUACUCGCGGCUGCUGUUCAGGCCUGCCAUGACAUGGUACCACCUGAUGCGGUUGAGCCGUUGUUUAGGCAGAUUAUUAAUCAAUUUGUGCAUGAUAAAUCACGCCCAGAGGCCAUCACUGUUGGACUCAAUGUAGUACGUGAAAUAUGCAUACGCAUGCCUUUGUUGAUGACUGAAGAUCUGCUGCAAGACCUUGUGUUGUAUAGGAAAUCAAACGAGAAAUCAGUUUCGUCAGCUGCUCGUUCACUUCUUACUUUGUUUAGAGAGGUCUGCCCUUCUUUAUUGGUCAAGAAGGAUAGAGGAAGGCAUGCCGACCCAAAGGCCAGACCCAAAGCCUUUGGUGAGGUGCAUAUUCCUAGCAAUAUCCCAGGUGUUGAGUUAUUGGAACAAGAUGAUGCCAUUAAUAAUAGUAGUAGUGAUGAGGAGGACAUAGUGAAUAGGGAUGUUGCCUUCACAGAUGAUGAAAGUGACAAAAGUGUUGGCACUGUUGAAGAGGAUUAUAAUAACAGUGGUGAAAGUGAUGGUGAUUAUGGUCAUGAAAUGGAUGAUGACAGUGCCGAAGAUGAUGAAGUCUCCGAGGAAGACAAUAAAAAUGUUGACGGCGUUCCCAACCUAUCACAUUUGGCCCAAUAG